UUAUUUCAUAGAACUAGGGUUUAAUUAGUUUUUACAUGUAUUUCAAAUGUGCCAUCCUGCUCUGAGUCUGUGUCCCAGCCUGGUCUCCUGUCCAACAUUUUCUAGAUCCGCCCCUGGGUAUUAGUUUAUUAUUAAUAAAAUGUACUUAAAGAUUAUACCAAAGUAUCUGGAUUGAGGCUGGCUAGGUUUACUGGCUGGUUCCAGUCACAGGUGACCUGUGCUGCAUGUUGACAUGCACCCAGAUGACUUAGUUUAGUGAUUGAGAGCUGACAUAUGUCAGUGUUCAGAAGUGACUGGCUCCUGGAAAAACAAAAGACAAACAAAAUGAAAACAAACUUUAGCAGCACGAAUACACUCCUUUGACUUUUCGACAUUCAGCUUUAUGAGCCAAAUGUUCUGCAGACUCAGAUGACAUUCAAAGCUCCACCGAAUGUCUGCUUUCAGGGGAAAUAAACUCUGGUCGUUUUUAUGUUGCGUGGCUGGCCAAAGUUUUGAGACAUUUUAGAAGAUUGAAUUAGACUCAGGACUUUGGGCAUCAUGAUGUCAUGUUUCUGCCUUUUGAAGUGGCACGCUUUGGCCUGUGCUCGGCUGUGUUGUACUGUGUUCAGUCACAUUAAGACUUAAAUAAAUGACAGCUCAGUUCAGUCCUAUCUGAUCAUGAUGAGUGCUACAUAACAAACUGGCAGUAUAUGUUUACAGUUAAAGUGAAGCUGUUGGUUGUUCCAGGUGCCUCACAUGGCAUAUUGUCUAAAGCUAAAGAGUGAGGCUGACUGAUGGACCUAAAGGUGACCAAGCAGCUUGGAUUGUGGCAGGAAUCCCCAGCCAGAGAUCCUCCAAAUCACAUUUUGUCCCCAGCGUGAGCCAGUGUGCAGGUCAUCUUAGAAGCCCAAUCAGACGCCCCCUGCUACUUUAGAGCACCUUUGUUUAUUUGAUUUGUUCUCCCGUGGCACCGCGCAUCCCCAGGUAGCUGCCACUGACCCCAGAGCGAACCAAAGCUAUGCGCGGCGUGCGCGGUGUGCGUGGCAGGUGGUGCGGCUCCAGGUUGAGAUGCGGAGGUGGCACAUAGGCUUUGGUAACCUAAUUCUUCCAAUAAGGAGAAAUAGAAGAACCCACGCUUACUGUUGAGGCCUGCUGAAAAAGAAACAACUUCCAGUGUUUGGUCUUUAAUUAAAGCAAGUAAAGGUCGGUACUUCGUUUACAAGACUUGAAUGGCAAAUAUUAACCCGAGUUUGGUCUCAUCAAUUUUCUGUUUUCACAAAGGGUGAGUUGUCCACGUUGAGCUGCAGCGAUCUGGAUUCACCGGACAGCCCUGUUAGGCAUCUGCGUUUUUGUCACAGCCGAACAUCGCUCAGGUCUUCUUCUCUUGACUUAACCGGAUGAAUUUUUGCAAACAUCUGACUCAACACGCGGAUUUCAAGGAGAAUAAUAACCUGUAGUUUGUGACUAGACAUGCGUCAAACUGUUGACCCUGAUUUAUUUUUUAAUAAGCAAAAAUAAAAAACCGAAGUUGGUUCUUUCUUUAUUUUAAUUCGGUGGAACCCAAUUACAAAUGUAGUUUUGGACAUAAUCAUUGUAUAUUUUUGUUCUUGCUUGUCAAAAUAACAGGACUUCGGGCCUAUAAUUAAAAUAAAUUAAUAUCCUUAUAAAUCCUAUAAGGAUCCUAUAAAUCCCUUUAAUAAAAACCUGCGAUUUCAGUCGGAUACACUGUAGGUUACAUGUGUUAAUGGCGAUUAAAUUGUAGGCUGUAAUUUUUGAUUCAUGCAGUUUCUACCAUUUCUCAACAACGGCCAUAAAAAAGCAUAAGUAGAAGCCUCGUUUUCUACUAUAUAUAAACACAUUUCUGUUUAUUAAACACAUUCUGACGUUUUAAUUUAACUAACAAAGAGAAAAAGCCUUUCCCGUCAGGUUUUACUAAUAAAAAGUCAGCAUUUAGUCUGUUUGCUUUUCUAAACCCGUCCAAUCAAUCUAAGACCAACAUAAACGUCACAGAAUAAUCCUUGAAAUCUGAAUAAUUUUAAUAAUUUCCGUACAUCUGUGAAGAGGUUGUAUAGGAUUUUGCCCUUGAUUUUAUUCCGGAACCAAACGAGUUAAACUGUCCCAAAACGAGAUGAAUGAAUAGCAGCGACCUUCUGGAGUGUUCAGAGACUCCGACUAAAUCCCAUCUGCAGUCAGAUGUUGUAGCUGCAGAUAAAUGUCUAAACAUGUUGUAAAUUAAAGUCAGUUUUGAUUGUUUCCUCUCCGAGUCGUUGUGGGUUUAAACUCACUUCAAACUGCUGUUUGGUUUGGAUUCGGGGCGUGGGAGGAGUUGGGUGCUGUUUCUUAUUCGGAGAGGAGGGGGGCCUUUAGGGAUCUCCUUCUUUUUGGGGCUAUAAAGACGUUGUGCCUUCAAGACAGAGCAAAUUAACUCAAUUGGCGAAUUAUUGCUACACAAGACAUCGCUCCGCUCAUCGGUGCGCGACGGCGAUUAGCUGCUUUUUAUGGUGGCGUUUGAUUAACGGGAGCAGAUUUCGGUUAAGAUGAUGGAAUAUAUGGAGGAUAAGUUCGCCUUGAAAAGCCAAGCGAUGAAGGCCAGCGAAUACUACAUGGACCAAGUCAUGGAGAGCCUGGACAGCGCGCAGUACUUCACCAAGUCUUCCCCGAAGUGUGUGCAGGCCUUCGGGCUCCAGAGCGGCGAGCACCGCUCGUCGCCCUGCGGAGAACACAACGCCAGUUACGGUGUGCCAAAAACAGACGGCGACACUUUGCACUCAGACCUCGGCAGGUCCAUGGACAGUUGUUGCACACUGCGGGCGUCUCCGGUGACAACCGGACAGGAGAAGGCUGAUUUGGACGACAUGGGAGACAAGUGCGACAGUAACGUGUCCAGCAGCAAGAAGAGGAGACACCGGACGACCUUCACCAGCGCGCAGCUGGAGGAGCUGGAGAAAGUAUUUCAGAAAACACACUAUCCAGAUGUUUAUGUGAGGGAACAGCUGGCCAUGAGGACGGAAUUAACAGAGGCCAGAGUGCAGGUGUGGUUUCAGAACAGGAGGGCAAAGUGGCGCAAAAGGGAGCGCUACGGGCAGAUCCAGCAGGCGAAAACCCACUUUGCAGCCACCUACGACCUCUCAGUGUUACCGAGAGCCGACAGCUACACACAGAUCCCCAACAACCUGUGGCCCAGCCCUCCUCCCGGCGGCUCUGUGGUCUCCUCCUCCAUGCUGCCCCGAGGUUCCCCACCCUGUGUCGCUUCCUACUCACAUUCUCCUCGCUCGGCCGCAAGUGCCACCGAUCACGGCUACGUGGCCUUCCCUAAUCAGCAGAACCAGUUCGGUCACGUCUCCCUUAAUAACUUCUUCAGCGCAGACUCUCUCCUCACACCGGGUGCCAACGCUCACCACGCCUUUGAGACCAAACCUGAGUUUGAAAGGCGCUCGUCCAGCAUCGCCGUGCUGCGCAUGAAGGCCAAAGAGCACACGGCCAACAUCUCCUGGGCCAUGUGAUCACAGUUCCUGUGCAUGUCUGUAAAGUCUGGAUAGUUUAUGGGAAAAGUUUUACAGCGCGUGGGGAUUCCCCACAUCUGUUUGUCACUCAUAGUACAUAAGUAACAGCAUGUUUGGUCGUCAACACGCUUGUUUUCAAUGAAAAUCAGCCAUGGAGUUAUAAUUUCACAAUCAUACAGUACUGCCCUGCUAUUUAGAACUGCAUCAUUUGACCAAAAAGCUAACAGGGCAAGAAAACAGGGUCUGGGUAAAGUCCACAAAUGUGUCAGGAUUUGUGGUUCUCUGCAAGUCAAUAAGCUUUAGCUAGGAAUAAAACAUAAAAAUAUUCAAAUAGCCAUGAUCUUGUGUUACAGAUAAUCAGCUCUGUUGUUGCAGAUGGACAGGCAGUCAUUAAAAUCCUGAGACAAUCCAGUGGUCAGUGAGACUUUUUGGAAAGUUGGAGUUAGUCUAGGCCUUUGUGAAGCUUAACCAAAGCAUCACAUUCAUAUCACUCAGGACUUCAGGAUAAUGCCCAGUGCACAGUUUUACAACCUACAAACUGGAAUCCUUCCUGGUCAGGCCAGGGGGCUGAAAAACCCUUGUGCUCUGCAAAGGUGAAAAUAAAUUUAAAAAAAUAAAUAUUAACUGAAACCCAAAUCCCAGUGGGGUUUGACCCCAGUGUGGGUACAUGUGGAUCCUGGGGGAGGGGUCCCGAACCACUAAUGCAUUUCUAAGCACUGUGAAUAAGCACCUGCGGCCUCCAACAUCCUCCUUUGUUCCAGCUCAGGACUGAAGAUGAGCAGCGCUGAGAUGAACCGACUCUGUCUUGCAUCACAGGUAC